AAGUCAUUGAUUUUAUAGAUAAAAUGACAAAUAAAAUAGUGUGAAGAUCUUUAACCUCGGGAGUAAAAAUCCAGUUUUCGAUGGCCAUUUAACAAAUCAACUCACUAUUUCGAGCUUUGGAGGUGAGCGAUCCGGUAUCGCGGGGUCCGGAUCGUAGGAUACCGGACCUCACGAGAGCCAAUUAGAGCGCGCGAUUUGAUAAUUACCGGACCCCGAAAAAAAAAGGCAAUAUUGGUAGACUGGAUUUUAAAAUGUCUGACAGACCCUCAUCCAUUUUCAGAACCUGCUAAGAACUCGAGAUUAAUACAUGAUUCGGAUAUUUUAAUAUAUCCUUACUGGAUCAGCACUCAGCGAAAGUAUACGAAGCUUGUGCUAAGCCUCUUUUAGAUUUGUUCACCCACUCGUCUCUUUUAAUACGAUUUUUACUGCAUCAAUAAUAAAAAAGAUAUGCUUUAUGGCUUACACGAAAUCGCCUUGAGCCAUUUUAUGUCGGCGUACAGGCAAUUAAUACUUCUUGAUGUUUAUAAACUAGAACAAAAGUCUUUUCACUUUUGUCGAGUAGCAUCGGAAAAUUAGAUUAUUAUUGAUUAAAGGAACUGAAUAAAACUCCGAGGCACAAGAACAAAGUGCGUGAUUUAUUCUUCCAGUGUCCGGCAGUAACCAUUAGCUUCCCAUCAGCGUUGUUAUUACGUACCUCAACGUGAGUUUAUUAUUCUACUGCGCCCGUAUUUGCGCAGGGUUUAUCGCCUACUCGGUCUGUAAUGCGCUCAAUUUCGGUCUAGCUGUAUAUGGAUAUUUUGCAAUUUGCUAGUGACAGUUAGUUGGCUAAUAAGAGGAAGCAUUUGCUGAUCUGUAGUAUUGAACUGACGUUGUGUCGUGGGUUGUGCUUUUUAGUGUAAUUUUAUUAACUGUAUACUUGACACGAUCUUUGUAGGUUUUUGCUAUAAUCAAAGACAAAUCAAAGCUUUACGUCACGGGAUAUGCUUUCUCAGAGUAAUUACAAUAACUGUAAUUUCAGAAGAGGCUUGAGUCAAAGUUUCACGUCAUAUUCGCUGUUCAUGUGCACAGGACGCGUGGAUGAGCAAGGUUUAGAUAAGACAACGCAAUGAACUCAACGUCUACUGCGCCUGCGCUACCAGGAUCAUCCGCUGCUUGGUUAUCUGCCCUGGGUAUGGAAACCCUCGUGAUAAUAGCACUGAACGUGUUGACGCUAAUAGUACUGACCAAGACGCACAGGUUACGGCGUCGCACCACGUACUUCCUGAUCAAUCUGAGUAUCACUGAUCUACUAGUGGGACUUGUUCCUUUACCCAUGUACUUGCUCUUCAUAUUCAACCCUUCCGUCUUCAUGAAGAACAGGUGUUUGUUGUCAGCCUACCAGGCUCUGGAUAUGAUAUUCGGUGCGUGUAGCAUAUGGACGCUUGCAGUGAUCUCGCUGGAGCGCCUGUACAUGGUCAGAUCACCACGCAGACACCGCAGAGCCACCCUGAGACACUACCUGGUUGCCAUAGCGAUAAGCUGGAUAAUCCCUGUAGCUGUGUACCUGCUGGGUUUUAUGACGUCCACUGGUAUCAUCACUCGAAGUCUGUACUUAUACAUUACGGUGGUCACGCUUCUAUUCAUCCCUACUGCCAUAUUGGUCUUGUCACACCUGGCACUAUGGGUCACCUUCAAACAUCGUAACCUCAGCACUCGUCACGCGAGGCAAGAGCGUGAACUCAGUAAGACACUUUUCAUGGUAACUAGUGCAUUUCUUGUUACGUGUUUGCCUUUUCAGGGCUUGCUGUUUUAUCUGGCGCUGAAUCCGUCCUUCAAGCCACCUUUGGGUGUGGUGCUUGCCUUGAAGAUCUUGCAAUACGGGAACAGCUUCAUGAACCCCCUUAUCUACUGGCCCAGACUGCCUGGUUUUAAGGGUGCUGUGAGGAAGAUGUUCGGUCUUAAAAACAGUACUAGAUAGUCAGCGAGAUGGUACAGAGGCACAGACGUCUUAACAGGAUAUAAAGCCAAAAGACUGAAACAUUUAUGUAAGAAGCCAACACUUUACAAAUGGAACUUUAUCACUAUCCAUUACUAUUCAAACAACAUUUUACACAGCUUAAGGGGUAACACUAGGCACGGGGCAAGGGGGCACGUACAGCGGGCUCACAGAAGCGAAGGUGGAAAUCGAGCGU